AUGACCCCCAAACCUGUUCACCAACCUAUCCACCCUAGCGUGAGACCAUUUUUGAACCAACAAUACGUAAAAUUUCACGACGACUACUUUCAAUAUGUGAUCCCAGAUGACCAAAAAGUAUGGGAUGGCUCAGCCCGAACAGGGCCUCGGCCUUGGCCAUCAACAGAAUCGCCACUCGCAAAGAUAGCAGGAAGUGAAGACCUGAACAUGGGAAAAUAUGAAAUCCGCAUCUUCACACCAGAAGGCGCAAAGCCCGGUACCGGGUGGCCUGUAUUUAUCUGGUUCCAUGGAGGUGGCUGGGCGAUUGGUGGAAAAUCAGAUGGAAAUGACCUUUGCACUUUGAUCUGUCAAAUGGCGCGCUGUGUGGUUGUGACAGUUGAUUAUCGCCUGGCACCAGAACACCCAUAUCCUGCAGCAGUUGAAGAUGCCGUUGACGCAUUAAAAUGGGUGUAUAGUGCCGAGGGAGCGACCAAGCUAGGUACUGAUAGCUCGCGAAUCACUAUCGGUGGCACAUCAGCUGGUGGGAAUCUAGCAGCAGUGCUAUCAAUGAAGGCUUCACAGCUUGAGCCGCCGGUCCCCAUCUGUUUUCAACUUCUCGUUCUUCCAGUCAUUGACAACACUGCUACCACUGAAACUUUCUGGGGUAAAAAUCGCAAUGCACCGUGGUUGACACCGGCUCGGAUGGAUUGGUAUCGGCGCAUGUACUUGCCUAAUCCUUCCGAUGCUUUGGGUUGGGAAGCUUCGCCUAAUCUUGCACCUACUUCUCUAUUGGCAAAGAGCCCGAAGACAUGGAUUGCGGUAUCAGGCCAAGACUUAUUGGCGCCUGAAGCUGAGGCCUACGCUGGACAGUUGGAAAAGGCUUGGAAAGAGAAUGGCGGUAUCAAGUCUGAAGUAACUGUAAAGGUGUACGAAGGGGCAACACAUUCUCUUCUUUCCAUGAGUGGCGUUCUAGAUCAAGGUGCGGAUCUUCUCCGGGACUCAGCUCAACAGAUCGCGAAGGUAUUUUCUGGGUUUCUAGACGAUUAG